AUGAGUGGUGUAGACGUCGAGGAGCUGCGCCAGGUGACACUUGGCAAGAAGCUCGGAGCCGGUAGUUUCGGUUCGGUCUACGCCGGUAUCCUUCCCAGUGGACGGUUUGUUGCAGUGAAGGAGUUGGAGCUUGCGGAAGACGCCCCCACUAACACUGAGGUGGAGAUUCAUAAGAAGCUGGCACAUGAAAACAUUAUUCGAUACUUUCACAGCCGCGUUGAUACCGAAAGCACACCGAAAAGAUUGUUUGUGUAUCUUGAAUUUGUCACAGGGGGUUCUGUUACUUCUCUUAUGAAAACGCUUCCGAAUGGACAUCUUCCAGGCUCAGUGGUGCGUGUCUACGCCCGCCACAUGUUCUCUGGUUUGGAGUACCUACACAAAAAUCAGGUGGCUCACCGUGACAUCAAGGGCGAUAACCUUCUUAUUUCUAUGGAUACGGGCAUAGCAAAACUGGCAGAUUUUGACCAGGCAAAAAUCAUGACGACGCACGGGACCCUGCGCAAGGCGGCCACUGCGACGCUUGCGGGAACGCCGUACUGGAUGGCACCGGAGGUUAUUACGGACGAAAGUGGAUACGAUCCUUUUAAGGCCGACAUAUGGUCUGCUGGCUGCACCGUGGCUGAGAUGAUAACAGGUCGCCCACCAUGGAUGCCAAUGGCCAAUGUGAUGCACAUUAUGAACAAACUCGCAAUGUCUUCUGGGUGGCCCGAUGCGGUUCCAAAAGAUCCGGCGGCGUUGGGGUCUCAGCAUGCCUAUGACUUCCUAGAUCUUUGCUUCAAACGCAAUGUUGCCGAGCGACCUGAUGCCACAACAUUACUGAAACAUCCUUUUUUACAAGCGUAG